AUGUUAGGCCUAUUUAUAUUUAUAAGUACAAAACAUGUAUCUUAUUUGGUUAGUCUUGUAGUGUUUCUUACAUUAUUUAUUUUAAAAGAAAUUAUUUCGAUUGCUAGAACACAACAAGGAUAUGUAUGUCACAUAGGCAUUGUUAUAACAUUUUCUUUAGUAAUUUACAAUUAUUAUUUAUUUGAUGCUUUAACUUUAAUUUAUCCUUCCAUGUAUAAUAUUUUUUUGGCUUUUAAAAAGGUUUAUUUUUACAUCUAUUUAAUAUGUUUAAUAUUUUUUGUAUGCUCUUUUAAGCCUGGCAAACUAAAAAAACAAUUUUCUUUAUUUAGUUUAAUACAUCUUGCAAGUUAUUUAGUAGGUAACUGUUGUAGAUCAGCAAUAAAAAAUGUCGGUGUAGGCAAAUUUUGGUUAUUUUUCCCAUCCACGCUCGUAAUCUGCAAUGAUAUUUUUGCUUAUAUUGUUGGAAAGCUUAUAGGACACACCCCGUUGUUUAGACUUAGUCCUAAAAAGACGGUAGAAGGAUAUAUUGGAGGAUUUAUUUUUACGUUAAUUUAUGGAUAUAUUUUUAUAUAUUUACAACUGAAAUACACCCCUUUUAAUGAUUUAUACAAUGAAGAAAUAAGACGAGUAUUGACAUUUAUAUUUUUCAAUUAUAAAUGGCAUAUUCCUUAUAUAUAUUUACAUGGACUAUCGUUUAUUCUAAUGGCUUCUUUUGUCGCCCCUUUUUCAGGCUUUUUUGCUAGUGCAUUUAAACGAACGUAUGGUAAAAAAGACUUUGGAAAUUCUAUUCCAGGACAUGGUGGAUUAACUGAUAGAUUUGAUUGUCAGUGUAUAAUGAUAUUUUUUACACAAGUGUAUUUAAAAUCAAUUCUUAGAACUAAUGAACAAGCACUUGAAUCUUAUUUUCAUCAUAUAACAAAUUCAUUUGAUAAUAAUGAUAUAUUACGUUUGAUAAAUAUGCUUAAUAAUCAUAUUAAUUAA